AUGAAUGCAUUUUUUGAUGACUACGUUCACUCUCGGACCACAUUGAAACAAUUUGUGGAUCAGUAUGAUUCGGCCCUUAGGAGGAAGGCAGAGAAUGAAGCAAUUGCUGACUUUAAUUCAUUUAACACUGAGAUUCCUUGCAUAUCUCACUAUCCUAUCAAGAAGCAAUUUCAAAAAAUAUAUACAAUUGCCAAGUUCAAGGAAGUCCAAGAAGAAUUUCGAGGGUUUUUAUAUUUGACUACCUCGUAUUUAGGUGGUGAUGGGGCAAACUUUACGUACGUAGUCGGGGAUGAGAUUAAAGUGAGUGAUGGAUUUAUUAAAUGCGUAAACUAUUUUGUUAGCGUAUGUGGAGAAGAUUCCCUUGAUAUUACAUGCAGUUGCAAAUUGUUUGAGUUUAGGGAAAUAUUAUGUCGACAUACUCUUCGAAUCCUGGCACAGUUAGACAAGAGUGAAGUUCCACCAAAAUACAUUUUGGAUCGGUGGAGGAAGGAUAUAAAGAGACAAUAUGUCAAUGUAAAAAGUAGUUAUGAGGCGACAAGCAACCCUGAGAAACAAAGGUUCAAUCGGAUCCAAAAUUGCUUCUAUAAACUGUGUUCAAAUGCUGCAAAGACCGAGAGAAGCUGUGUGAAAUUGAUUGGUCAGCUAGAACAGUUGAAGUCGGAGUACCCCGAUGACGAUUCACAUGAAGGUACUUCCACAGCUGGUCUUGUUACUCCCAUUGAUGGCACAACCAGCAAAGUUCUUAGUCCAUUAGUUGUUCGGAGUAAAGGGAGAUCCACAACUAAGAGAAGAACACAUCCCGUUGAGAAGGCUCUCAAGAAAUCGAGUACUAGAAGAAGACUGUCCACAACUGAGAAAAGUAGUUACUUAUCAAGGGAAGAUAGACGAAAUUACAGUAUGAGCGGCACACAGCAUGAGGUUCCACAAACUCAGCAAACGGUGCUGAUCAACGUGUCCAUGGAUGGCCACAGCUGGCUUCGCUGUUGUAUGCUGGAUGGACGGAAAGUCCGGACCAAAGCCUUGAAGAUUGCAGUUGGCGUUUCAGGUACCUAA